AUGGGCCUCGAAACUGAGCGACCACAAUCUCAUGGAACUGAGCGAGAAAUACGAACGGCCCGAAAUUACCAGAAACUCGCUGUUCCUAAAGUUAACCCCGAGAUAUGGGGGAAAUUGACCCAUUAUGGGAAAAAGCAAGACCUCAGGUUGUCUGCCAUUCAGAAUAAGCUGGUCAAGGAAGGAACGGUAAUUGCUCAAUCAGCCCAGAACUUAAUGGACUUCAGAACUAAGGGCGCGAACGGCGGCAAAUUCGAUACUGCUGUCGCGCUUACAAGUCAGACUGAUGUUAUCGCGCUGUUGGGACAUACAAAUUAUGAGCUCUCGUUAUGUCCACGAGAGGCCGUCAAACCCAACUUAAAUAAGGAGUACGGCUCUUUAUGUUCUUCUCAGACACCAGUCACAACCUUGUUGUUUGGAGACGAACUUCAGGCCCAGCUCACUGCAAUUCGGGCCUCAAAUCGAAUUAGCCACACAGCUGUUAGCCACAACAGCGGCUCCAGCUCUUCCUCUAACCCUUCUUGGCGUCAGGAACAGGACAAGCCUUUUUUAGGCAAAGGCCAGUACCAGCCCAAAUGGAAGCAAAAACCGUGA